GACCCCAAUAAAUAUCCUACCAAAGUCACCUUUAAGAGGAAGAGCUCUGAUGGCUUGACGUUUGACGAAAUCAACACCAACAAAACCGCUUAUAUUACCAACUCGACUUGGCACGACACGAAAAAAGGUUUGUUCAUAAAAGCAGCGACCUUACAUAUAGAAAAGGCCCGCUACCCCGAAGAUGGUAGCCAUCAGGGAAAGUCUUACAAAUGUUGGUCAUCACUUGAUGGGUCUAAAGACGAUUUUGGGUUUAUAGUUUAUGUCAUACAAAAGUCUUCUUUGCCAAGAGGAUUCGUACAAGGAACUGCAACAGCAGAGUUCGGAGGAACAGCGAACCUAACAUGCAACGUUACUUAUAGUGGAAACAAAGAUGUUCAACUUAAAAAAGUUAUGUGGGUCAAGAACUCGACUGUGAUCUCCCAGGGGUCUGUUAACGUGMGUCCCAUUGUGAUCACCAAGGCAACAACGCGAGAUGGUGGUAAAUACGUGUGUGCAGCUGAAGUGAGCUUCAAAAGCGCAAAAGACAGAGUAAUCAAGCUGGAUUCUACGAUACUGAAUGUUAAUCUUAAGAUGGUGGAUGGAGUUACUCAGAUCACAGCAAACAUAUCUGAUACCGUAAUGAUGGAAUGCCCAGCAGAGGGCUAUCCACUGAAUGUCACCUGGUUUAAAGUUAACAAAAACGGGCAAGAAGUUAGACUAAAUGAAGUUUCAAGCUUGAAGGACAGAGCUGUACUUUCCAGGCCCUGCUCGUACUGUCGCUACCGAGUGACGAUAAAAGACCUGCAGCCAGGAGACCAGGCUCAUUAUGUCUGUAGAGGCAAUACCAACACAGAAUCAGCACGUUACCAUAGCGAUCUUUAUGUGCGAGAGGGUCCUGAUAAAAGUUACGUCGUGACAACUGCGAAGCCAACUACUGCUAUGACAACUGAGAAAG